CCUGAACAGAACUCUGUGUGCCGAGUGCUCCUGACAGAGAGUUAGAAGAGCUUCCUUGCACAACUGCCUCUCUUGUUUUUCUCCUGAACAUUUCAUUCAGAAAUGUGUUUGUUUACUGAAAGAAUGGGCAGAUAGCUACAAACCUGCCCUCCUCUUCAUCAAAGCUAACCUCUGGAUACUGAAGAAUGGAAAUAGUUGAUGCUAGCUUCCUUGGGAACGGUACCAAUAUUACUGCUUUCCUGUGUGAUAUAAUCUUGGAAAAUGAUACUUUUUUCUGUGUGGAUGAUCCACCUUAUCCUUCUAAAGAUUUGCAUCAGAUAAUUCGGAUUCUGCUGUAUUGUUUGAUAUUUCUGCUCAGUGUUUUGGGAAACAUGCUGGUAAUUACAGUGCUGAUAAGAAACAAACGGAUGAGAACAGUCACAAACACAUUUCUGCUGUCACUAUCAGUCAGCGACCUGAUGCUCUGCCUUUUCUGCAUGCCAUUCACCCUCAUUCCCAACCUGCUGAAAGACUUUAUUUUUGGUAGUGCUGUUUGCAAAACUGCCACUUAUUUCAUGGGUGUCUCUGUGAGUGUAUCUACAUUCAGCCUGGUUGCCAUAUCUUUGGAGAGAUACAGUGCCAUUUGCAAACCGCUGCAGUCCAGGGUCUGGCAGACAAAAUCUCAUGCCUUGAAAGUGAUUGCUGCUACCUGGUGUGUUUCCUUUACUAUCAUGUCACCAUACCCAAUUUACAGCAAACUGGUACCUUUUACCAAGUAUAACAACACCACAGCAAAUAUGUGUCGGCUCCUUUGGCCAAGUGAUGUCAUACAGCAGUCUUGGUACACUUUCCUGCUACUCAUACUCUUUCUUAUACCUGGGAUUAUAAUGAUGGUUGCAUAUGGCCUAAUUUCUUUGGAACUCUACAGAGGAAUAAAAUUUGAUGCCAGCCAAAGAAAAUCUUCACGAGAAAGAAAAGCAAGUACCUGCAGCACCAAAUAUGAGGAUGGAGAUGGAUGCUACCUCAACAAAACCAAAAGAAAAAGGAAAAUGCCAUUGCAACAGCUCUCUGCUACUAGCCACAGCAAAAUAGACAGGGUGAGAAGCAGCAGCUCUUCUGCCAACUUAAUGGCCAAGAAACUUGUCAUCCGCAUGUUGAUGGUGAUCGUGAUUAUGUUUUUCCUUUGCUGGACUCCCAUCUUCAGUGUCAAUGCCUGGCGCGCGUUUGACACCACUUCAGCAGACCAGCGUCUCUCAGGGGCCCCUAUCUCCUUUAUCCACCUGUUGUCCUAUACAUCUGCCUGUGUGAACCCUAUCAUAUACUGCUUUAUGAACAAGCGUUUCCGCAUGGGAUUUCUAGCCACUUUCACCUGCUGUGCAAAGCAAAAGCCCACUGCAGUACGGGGAGAGGUUGGGGAUGAAGAGGAGGGCAAGACAACAGGAGCUUCACUCUCCAAGUGUUCUUAUACUCACAUGAAUGCAUCUGCACCCCCCUGAGCUGCAUCAGAAGAGUCAGUGAGUGGCCUGCAGAAAGCCAAGUAUCUAUCAUGUGGUCUUGGAAAGUGACUGUGGCAUCAGCUGAACAUGAUUUAGUUCUGAGGUAAUGAAACACUUCAGCUGACAGUAAACGCAGUGAGAAUUUUAUGGGAAAUGGAUGCUAUCACUGUCUGAGCUUUAUAUCACUUUCUCUUCAAAAGUACAAAGGAGGAAGAGGGCUUUUUGAAGAUAAGGACUUUAUGAAAAGCCUUACAAGAUGCUCUAUUUAUCAUAAAUUCUCCUGUAAAAAUAGGUGUCCUUUACAU